AUGAAGCUUGCUGGAGUUCUCUCGGUCACCGCCUUUCUGGCGUUGGGCAGCGGUGCCGAAGCCGGGCCUGGAAAGAAGGGAGGAUAUACCACGACUACCACUCUGAAGCCCAACCCUCUGCACAUUGAAAAGGAGUGCUUUCAAGUACCGUAUAGCGUCGAGAAGACAUGCUACAAGGAUGAAAAGGUUUCUCGUCCGUACGCCUGCCCUUCUCCACUUGAAGAGGAAGUGUGUCACACCAUCAGUGAAGAAGCUGAUGACACCUGUUUUCAGCUUGUUCAGAGGGAAGUGCAGUACGAGUGCCCGAAGGCCACCAAGCAACAGCUAUGCUCAUCCGUCCCCGUCACCCUCAACAAAACUUGCAAGAAGUCGGUGACUGAAAAAGUUGCUGGAGCCUGUCCAAAGAUCAUCAACGUGCCUCAAUGCGAAAUUGUAUCUCGCCCUAGUGUGGACUCCUGCUACGAAUCAGAAGCGUUUGAGCAAGAGUACGAGUGUUGGGGCUCGGAGACGCAUCGAGAAUGCGAGGUCGAAAUGCGUGUGGUCAACGAUUCCUGCAGCAGAACCAUCGACUCCCCUGUGCCUUACGAGUACGACGACAUCGUUACGGAGAAGAUCUGCAUGACGAAGCUGCACACAAAGGCAGGGCAGUGCCGAAAGCGAAUUGAUAGCGAAGAGCAAUACCCGUGCCCAGAGACAAAGUGGGAGAAGCGGUGCUUCGAGACCUCUAAGUUAGUGCAGGAGCCUUGCGAGAAAAAGGUCGUCGCCCAGGAGGCGUAUGACUGCAGUGAGACCAGGCACGACACGGUCCAGAAGACCUGCUCCCGCCGCAUCCCGAAGAAGACGAUGGUCGAAAAAUGUGCCCCCAGCAAAAAGGAGCACAGGAAGUUGAGGCGCUUGGGGCCUGCGAAAAAGGGCGGGAACUGCCAGAUGGUCGAGGUUCUGUCUGAGGAAAUUGAGAUAUAUCCUUGCAACGAGGAUGUGCUUGUGUCUGUGCCGAAGAUCUGCACUCGAGAAAUCGCAAAAACUGUCACCGAAAUGUGCCCGAAGCAAGUGCCCGACACGCAAUGUACCAUGGAGUCUGUCGCGAUCCCGAAGCUUUGCUCCCGCAAGGUGUCUGAAGAGAUUGAAGUGCCUUGUGAGGCCCAGAAGCAGGAAGAAGUCUGCGAGGAUGUACCUAAAAAGGUCAAGAAACAAGGAUAUCGGUUUGAGAAGAAGAAGGAGACAUUCCCUUGCCAGAGACAUCAGUUCGAGGAGAAGUGCUACGAGGUGAAGAAGCCCAAGAGGGACACCUGCGUUGCGACACUGUUCAAGACUGUUGAGAAGCCUUGCACCCGUCAAGACUUCAAGGAAGUCUGCCAUGAUGAGCAGCAGCUGACUAUGCAGCCGUGUCUGGAGGAAAAGAAGACACAGAUCGAGGUGCCUUGCCCUGAGCAGACAAGUGAAGAGAAGUGCAUCUACGUUCCAGUGUACGAGAUGGGCACCUGUACAACCGUCAUCCAGGACGUUCAGCAGAGCCCAUGCAAGAAACAACAGCCUGCAAUCCGCUGCGAAACUGUGAAGUCGGAGCGUGCUGGAACAUGCUUCAGAUCCGAGACGAUCCAGAUCCCCUACACCUGCUACGAAACGGCAUACGAGGAGAAAUGCGUCGAACUUCCCCUGACUGGCGCUCCCCCCCCACCCCCUGGCAAGAAGCUCUGA